CUGAGGCCACGCCCCUUCCGUGGCCAGGAGUGUCACUCAGGCGAAUCCCGCGAGCGGAAGGGGCGGGGCUUAGAGCGCGCAUCGCCCAUCACGCCCCGCCUACCCACCUUUCCUCUGGUUUUCAAAUUUGAGAGAUACGUAGACUUGUGAGGAGCGUCGAACUACAUCUCCCGACGUGCAACGCUGUGCGUAGAGCGACGUAAUUUGGUGCCAGUUGGUUUUAAGAACUGAAAGAAUUCUUUUGUUUUUUGAAAUACUAAUUUUUAUUGAGGAAGGAGAUAAAGUUUACAAAACACAAAGAAGGCACGUGUGGCCCGGACGCUGAGCCGAGGACGUUGGGGCGAGGACUCUGUAUCAUGUCAGCCACACGGGUGGUGGCGCUGCUGCUGGAGCUGAGCUGCUGCAGUUCAGCACUGUGGAGGUAUUCAAGUAAGAGCCCACACCAUCACAUUAUUAGUACCAGAAGUGCUAUCAAGUUAGAGUAUGAAGGAACAUUAUUUUCUGAGUGGCAAGUGCCAGAAACCUGUACUAUCCAAGAUAAAAGAUCACCCAAGGCAGAAAUGCAUUGUUCUCAGGGCGUUCAUGCUGUAAAACCAGUUGUUACAGGCCCAAAAGAAGAAGAACGCUAUUUGCCUGUAGACACUACUUAUAUUUGUUUCAAGUGGUAUUAUACAGUCUUGUAAGUAACAUAGUAAAAAAAGCCCAAAGAUAAUUAAUUUUUUUCAAUUAUUUAGC